AUGGCUGAGAAACAUCUGUAUGGAUUGUUUCAUUACAACCACACAAUGCUUGGACUUGAAUCACUUCCAGAUCCUACUGAUACCUGGGAAAUUAUAGAGACCAUAGGUAAAGGCACCUAUGGCAAGGUCUAUAAAGUAACUAACAAGAAAGAUGGGAGCCUGGCUGCAGUAAAAAUUUUGGAUCCAGUCAGUGAUAUGGAUGAAGAAAUUGAAGCAGAAUACAACAUUUUGCAGUUUCUUCCUAAUCAUCCCAACGUUGUAAAGUUUUAUGGGAUGUUUUACAAAGCGGAUCACUGUGUGGGAGGACAGCUGUGGCUGGUCCUGGAGUUGUGUAAUGGGGGCUCAGUCACGGAGCUUGUCAAAGGUCGACUCAGGUGUGGCCAGCGGUUGGAUGAAGCAAUGAUCUCCUACAUCUUAUAUGGGGCCCUCUUGGGUCUUCAGCAUUUGCACAAUAACCGAAUCAUCCACCGUGAUGUCAAGGGGAAUAACAUUCUUCUGACAACAGAAGGAGGAGUUAAGCUCGUUGACUUUGGUGUCUCAGCUCAACUCACCAGUACACGUCUACGGAGAAACACAUCUGUUGGUACCCCGUUCUGGAUGGCUCCUGAGGUCAUUGCUUGUGAGCAGCAGUAUGACUCUUCCUAUGACGCUCGCUGUGACGUCUGGUCCUUGGGGAUCACAGCUAUUGAACUGGGGGACGGAGACCCUCCCCUCUUUGACAUGCAUCCUGUGAAAACGCUUUUUAAGAUUCCAAGAAAUCCUCCACCUACUUUACUCCAUCCAGAAGAAUGGAGUGAGGAAUUCAACCACUUUAUUUCACGGUGUCUUAUUAAGGAUUUUGAAAAGCGGCCUUCUGUCACACAUCUCCUUGACCACCCAUUUAUUAAAGGAGCCCACGGGAAGGUUUUAUUUCUGCAAAAACAGCUGGCCAAGGUCCUCCAAGACCAGAAGCAUCAAAACACUGUUGUUAAAACAAGGCAUGAAAGAAUGCAUACCAGAAGACCCUAUCAUGUGGAAAAUGCUGAAAAAUGCUGCCUUGAGGAUGAUUUGGUGAAUUUAGAGGUUCUGGAUGAGGAUACAAUUAUUUGUCAGUUGCAAAAGCGUUAUGUGGACUUGCUCAUUUACACCUAUGUUGGAGACAUCUUAAUUGCCUUAAACCCCUUCCAGAAUCUAAGCAUAUACUCUCCACAGUUUUCCAGACUUUAUCAUGGGGUGAGACGUGCCUCCAAUCCCCCCCACAUAUUUGCAUCAGCAGAUGCUGCUUACCAAUGUAUGGUUACUUUCAGCAAAGACCAGUGCAUUGUCAUCAGUGGAGAAAGUGGCUCUGGGAAGACAGAGAGUGCCCACCUGAUUGUUCAGCAUUUGACUUUCUUGGGAAAGGCCAAUAAUCAGACCUUGAGAGAGAAAAUUCUGCAAGUCAACUCUCUGGUGGAAGCCUUUGGAAAUGCAUGCACUGCCAUCAAUGACAAUUCGAGCCGUUUUGGAAAAUAUCUGGAAAUGAUGUUUACACCAACUGGAGCUGUGAUGGGGGCAAGAAUAUCUGAAUAUCUCCUUGAAAAAUCCAGAGUUAUAAAACAGGCAGUGGGAGAGAAAAAUUUUCACAUAUUUUACUAUAUUUAUGCUGGUCUUUAUCACCAGAGGAAACUUUCUGAGUUUAGACUUCCUGAGGAAAAACCUCCUAGGUAUAUAGCUGAUGGAACUGGAAGGGUGAUACACGACAUAACUUCCAAGGAGUCUUACAGAAGACAAUUUGAAACAAUUCAGCAUUGCUUCAGGAUUAUAGGGUUCACUGACAAGGAGGUGCACUCAGUGUAUAGAAUUUUGGCUGGAAUUUUGAAUAUUGGAAACAUUGAGUUUGCAGCUAUUUCCUCUCAACAUCAAACUGACAAAAGUGAGGUCCCCAAUGCUGAAGCUUUGGAAAAUGCUGCCUCUGUUCUCUGCAUCAGCCCCGAAGAACUCCAAGAGGCCCUUAUCUCACACUGUGUGGUCACCCGCGGUGAAACCAUCAUCCGUGCCAAUACUGUCGACAGGGCUGCGGAUGUCCGAGAUGCCAUGUCCAAAUCCCUGUAUGGGAGGCUCUUCAGUUGGAUUGUAAAUCGCAUCAAUACACUCCUGCAACCAGACAAAAACAUAUGUAGUGCAGAUGAUGGUAUGAAUGUGGGGAUCUUGGAUAUUUUUGGGUUCGAGAACUUUGGGAGAAAUUCAUUUGAACAGCUCUGCAUAAACAUCGCCAAUGAGCAAAUCCAGUACUAUUUCAACCAGCACGUUUUCGCUCUUGAGCAGAUGGAAUAUCAGAAUGAAGGCAUUGAUGCUACACUUGUGAUGUAUGAGGACAAUCGCCCACUCUUGGACAUGUUCCUCCAGAAACCUCUGGGACUGCUUGCGCUUUUGGAUGAGGAAAGUCGAUUUCCCCAAGCAACUGAUCAGACCCUGGUUGAUAAAUUUGAAGAUAAUCUACGAUGCAAAUACUUCUGGAGGCCCAAAGGGGUGGAGCUAUGCUUUGGCAUUCUGCACUAUGCUGGAAAGGUAUUAUACGAUGCUUCUGGGGUUCUUGAGAAAAACAAAGACACUCUCCCUGCUGAUGUGGUUGUAGUCCUGAGAACGUCAGAAAACAAGCUUCUGCAGCAACUCUUCUCAAUUCCUUUGACCAAAACAGGUAAUUUGGCCCAAACAAGAGCCAGGAUAACAGCAGCCUCAAGAUCUUUGCCUCCACAUUUCAGUACUGGGAGAACCAAGGUGGACACUCUGGAGGUGAUACGGCAUCCAGAAGAAACUACCAACAUGAAGAGGCAGACCAUGGCUUCUUACUUCCGGUACUCUCUGAUGGAUCUGCUCUCCAAAAUGGUGGUUGGACAGCCCCACUUUGUGCGGUGCAUUAAACCCAAUGAUGACCGAGAGGCCUUGAAGUUCUCCCGAGAGAGUGUGCUGGCCCAGCUCCGUUCCACAGGGAUCCUGGAGACAGUCAGCAUCCGCAGGCAGGGGUAUUCCCACCGCAUCCUCUUUGAAGAAUUUGUGAAAAGGUAUUAUUACUUGGCAUUCAAAGCACAUGAAACACCUUUUGCUAGCAAAGAGAGCUGUGUUGCUAUCUUGGAAAAAUGCAGAUUAGAUCACUGGGUGCUGGGAAAAACAAAGGUUUUUCUCAAAUAUUACCAUGUUGAGCAGUUAAAUUUGCUGCUGCAAGAAGUCAUAGGCAGAGUGGUUGUGCUGCAGGCAUAUGCCAAGGGGUGGCUUGCAGCCAGGAGAUACAAAAGAAUCAGAGAGAAGAGAGAGAAGGCGGCUAUUGCCGUCCAGUCAGGGUACCCUUCAAACCAAAGCAGUGAUCUGCAGCCUACUGUUGCAGGAGAUACUAAGGGAAGUGCCCAGGAUCAAGACUGCAGCGAGCCCGGUAACCACUCCAUUCUGAGGGCCUCUAUAGAUCAUAAAAGCAGUCUGCAAACAGAAUUCAGCAGUGGCCAUGGGCAGACUUCAAGCAACUCUCUUGCUGUCACUGAAAAAAAUCGGCAUCCACAAGCCCAAGGUUCUCCAAAAGGGUGUGAUGUCUCCACAGGACAUCCAAAUAAGCACUCCGUUUCUGGGACUGAUCUGCUGUCUUCUCAGACAUGCCAUGCUGCCCCAGGUCUCCCAGGACCAAGUCCCUCAAGGGGAGCCCCUGCAACACCUGUUUCAGAAAAUGGUCAUAUACAGAAGCAACGAACACCUCACCGAAGAUGUCAGCAGCCCAAAAUGUUGAGUAGCCCUGAGGACACCAUGUACUAUAACCAGUUAAAUGGAACUCUAGAAUAUCAAGGGAGCAAGAGGAAGCCAAGAAAACUUGGCCAGAUCAAAGUGCUUGAUGGGGAAGAUGAAUAUUACAAAUCCUUGUCACCUGUGGACUCUAUUCCCGAGGAAGACAGCCCAUCCUGCCCUUUCUUUUCUUCCUCAUCCUCGAAAGGAGCAUCUUUUGCUCAGCACUGAGCUGAACUUCCUGCACCCCAUGUCUGUUGAGGAAAGUAUCUCUGCAAGGAUACCUGACAUGAAGAAAACCAACAAGCUGAAAGAUACUGUCAAGACAAAAUAACUGACCCUGGACAAAAUAGAAAU